AUGUCCUUCCUAGCCAGCCUGCAGAGACUCACCCUCGGUACCCUCGGACGGAACCGCGCAGAUCAAGAAGUCGCCGAGGCGGUGUUUAUCACUCAACCCGACCAGCUCAUCGCGGACAAGACCUCCGUGGUGCCCACCAAGAAGCCAAAGCUCGACCUCUCACUCGUCAAAGCGUCCUCCCCCUCCUCACUCCUCGUCGUUCUCAAGAGCCUCGGUCCCCAGUCGGCCACAGCGGGUCUCACAGCCGAUGACAAGGUCGUAUUCACCCUGGAUGACGGGUCUCUUCACCGUACCUCCCGUGCACUCCUCAUGGCCCACUCUACCUUCUUCGCCAACCUCUUCUCGGUCCCUCCACCUAUCUCAUCGACGGGGAAGUCGGAACCUAUCCCCCUCCCCUCCGUCUCGCGCCCCGGACUAAAGCUGGUCCUCGCCCUGCUCACAUUCCUCGGACCGUCCCCCAACCCCAGCAUCCAUCGCGCGGCCCUCCGCACCGAGGUGGAGAUGUACCGUCCCUACUUCUCCCAGCGGGAUCUCAUAUAUAUCGCGGAGGCCAUACACUGCGCCCACAUCUACGAUAUCGCCUCAUUCGGGCGGGAGUUCGUCUGGCCCGUUCUCGUCGCCCUCACUCGCUUAAACCCCGUCGUCGGUCUCGUCCUCCGCGCCAUCAUCGCUCCUCGCGAUCCUCGGCGUCAACUCGCCUACGCCAAGCAGCUCUUCGAGACGGGCGCCACCUUAUUCCCGCGCGAGUACGCUCGAAUCCUCGCCCAGUACGCGCCGGAACAGGUCGAGCGGUACCGUGCCUACUCCGUCCGGCGCGCCAGUGCCGGUGGCAACUUCCGCGUGGAUCUACGAUCCAAGCAGCCCUUGACCGACGGUGGUGUAGAGGGGUACUCUGCGUCUUGUCGUGGUGCCCUACCAAAGCAAAAUCGGGCGCUGGUACCGCGCAAAGGACACCCAGGGUUCUGGGAGUGGCAGUAUGUCACUACAAAGGGAUUCCCGCGAGACUCGUGUGGGGCAUUUAAGGCGGGAGGCGGAAGGUUAGGCUGGAAGGCUAUGAGGGCAAAGGCGGCAGACGAGGUAUAUCUGGAGGUCAUCAGGGAUCUCCGGGAGUGGAAACACAAGGAGGUGCUGGCGAUUGUGCGGCGGACGGUGGCGUGUGAGAAGUGUGCUCGACGAUUGGCGCCUACCUUCAUUCUCGCUAUCGACCGGUACCGCCAAGCUUUCGAGGAGUAUUGA